GCAGCGCAAAAAAAGGGGGGAUGAAUGUGAAAAAAGUGGAUUUUCAUGGAGAGAGAGAUCGGGAGACGGAAGCACCUGACGCAAGGACGGGGGCCGCCCCGGGGCCGGCGGGGGGCCUGGUGACACCGAUCCGGAUCUUCGUGCCAUGAACCCCCCCUCCCGGGAUGCCAGGACCCGCAAGAGGACGUGACGCCCCUGGACGCUCACAAUGAGGCCUGGUCUCCCCAACACGAUUUUCAUGGAGUACCAAGCUCUCCCGGACUUCCAGCCUCACCACACCCCUCUCUCCUACGGGCGUGAGCGCACCAUGGUGCCCGGGAUCGACGCGCCGCCCCCCAGAGAGCGGCCCCGGGUGGUCAUGUACCAGCAGGAGAGCCUGGCGUUCGGUGGGGUCCCCACCCUCUGCACGGAGAGACAGCUGGGGUUCCAUACGGUGCAGAGCCCCCUAAGCCCCGCCCUCCCGGGAGUGAGCGCCCACCACCUGCCGGAUCAUUGGUUCAUAAACUUCCAGAGCUCGGGGGUGGAGCGGACAGAGGAGACCCCGCCCCCGAGGACGGAGGAAUGCGCCGCGCCGCUUGAAUGCCCUUCCCAGGACAGGCGGAGGACCAGCAGCACGGAAAGCGAGAGCGGCCAGCCGGAAACACCGAAUAUCGCCGGCCUGGAGAAUCCCCGACCCUCCUACCGGUCAUCGCAGGGUUCAGACAAAGCCAAAGCCGCAUGGCGUAAACUCCGCCUGUACCUGCCGGACAUCAGCAGCUCGGCGCCCGUCCAGCCCCCGGAGGAAGAUUCGGUGUUUGUGGACCCUGAAGACCCCGGGCCCCCAUCAGCGGCUGACGGGAAGGAGACUUCGGAGCCUCAGGAGGCGGCGGCGCCGGUGGCGGGGGCGGCGGCCGGGGGGAAGGUGGAGCAGGAGAGGUGGAGGUUCUCGGCCUCCGAACUGAUCAGCAAACUGCAACUCAGCCAAAGGAGGAACAACUUCACCGCCAAAAUCGGCAAAUCCCUCUCCACCAAAAUCACCCUGAGGGAGAAGGGCUCCUCCACCAGCCAGGAAGGUAAAUCUGGAAGGAGAGAGAGGAGAUGUAACAGUGCCGGGGUGACCAGCCUCCUGCAGCCGCCUCCGGGGGAUACGGACACCUCCUGGCUCAGGAGCAAAUCGGCGGAGGGUGGGCAGACCGGCAGACCACCCAGCGAGGAGGGCAGACUAUCACCCGGCCAGGAGAGGGCAGAGGACGCCGAGUCACAAAGGAGGCAAUCCUACUGCGAGAGGAGACAGUCCCGCUUCCUGCUCACCUCCAUCCUGUACCAGGAAUACAGCGACGUGGCCAUAAACCGCGAGCUGCAGCGACAGAAGCGGGAAGACACGACGGGGGAGGAGGACGACGUUUCAGCGAGUCCGAAGAGCAACCUGUCCCCCAGCAGCUCGUUCCGCUCCCAGCGCUCAUCCCGGGGCUCCACCUUCUCCCUGUGGCAGGAUAUCCCAGAUGUCCGAGGGAGCGGCGUCCUGAAUACGCUCACGGUCCAGGAGAGGAAGCUGCAAGAGGCCAAGUUUGAGUUGGUGACCUCGGAGGCGUCCUACGUCAACAGUCUCUCCAUCGUUGUCGAUCAUUUCCUCAACUCCCCCGAUCUCAACGAGUGUCUGGGGGCCCAGGAGAGACAGUGGCUCUUCUCCAAACUGCCCGAAGUAAAGGAGAUAAGUGAGAGGUUCCUGAACGAUCUGGAGUACCGGUUGGAGGAGGACAUCCUGCGAUUUGACGUCUGUGACAUCGUCCUGAGACAUUGCCCGGAGCUGCGGCGGGUGUACUUACCUUAUGUCACCAACCAGGCCUACCAGGAACAGACCUACCAACGGCUGCUACAGGAAAACGCUCGUUUCCGGGGGAUCCUGGCCAAGCUGGAGGAGGACCAGGUGUGCCAACGUCUCCCUCUGACCUCCUUCCUCAUCCUGCCCUUCCAGAGGAUCAUGCGGCUGAAGAUGCUGGUGGAGAAUAUCCUGAAGCACACGGCGCCCGGGUCCCGGAACGAGGAGACGGCCAGCCAGGCGUUCACCGAGCUCAAGAAGCUGGUGAAGGAAUGUAAUGCCAGCGUCCAAUCAAUGAAGAGGACAGAAGAGCUGAUCCACCUCAACAAGAAGAUCCACUUUGAGAGCAAGAUCUUCCCUCUGAUCUCGCAGUCCCGUUGGCUGGUGAAGGACGGGGAGCUGGUGGAACUGGACAUGCAGAUCCCCAACGCGGCCGGAUCCCGCUUCAAACUCAGCCCCAAACCCGUCUACCUGCAUCUGUUCAACGACUGCCUACUGCUCUCCAGGAAGAAGGAGCUGGGCCGGUUCGCGGUCUUUGCGCACGCGCAGGUGUGUGACCUGAAGGUGACGGAUCUGAGCUGGAAGCUACAGGAGGUCCCAGGCGAGGUGUUCCACGUCCAGCUGUGCCACGAGCAACGCCCCAAACACCAGAUCCUGCUCCGUGCGCAGAGCGAGAGUCAGAAGCAGCGCUGGAUCUCCGCCAUGUGUCCCUCCAAGCCGCUCAUCGACCUCGAGAACCUCACCGACGGCGAAGAUGCUCCUCAGGUCCAGUGCAUUAAGGGGUACACCGCCCAGGAACACGAUGAACUCACCCUGGAAAAGGCCGACAUCCUGCGCCUCACCACAAAGACCAGCGAUGGUUGGAUGGAAGGGAUCCGGCUCUCGGACGGAGAGAGGGGCUGGGUCCCGGCGACGCACGUGGAGGAAAUCACCAACAAGAACGCCCGGCUGCGCAACCUGCGCGAGAACAAGCGCAUCAAACACGCCACCAGCAAAUUAGAGAUGAAGCCGCCUUAGAGGAGACGCGCGGAGGACCACGCCCCCUGCGGGGGGGAAGCCCCGCUUACCUGUAGAACUUUCUAACGUCCUGUACAUUUCAGCCGCCCGACUGUAUGACGGCGGCGGCAUCGAUCGCACAUGACUGCUGCAGCACGCCGGCCCCCGGGUCUUAUUCUGCAAAGUACUUGAAAUAUUUGGCGAUCUGUGCCGCUCUCAGACCGCCCCCGAGGAGCCUCUUCACCAAUCAGCCAAUAGAUUGUCCAGACGCCGAAAGGGGCUUAUCGAACACUCUGCAGCAUGAAGACGAUCGCACAGACUUCAGUCCUGGAUGGGCUGAGCCUGAGAACUUUACCCGGGGGGGGGGGCCCUAAAAACUGGGGGGGGGGUGUGUCUUGGCACCCCCCGGGAGCGACACUAAACUAUGUAAAUAUUUCCGCAUUACAUUGUAAUUAAAUUUGAUUCUGAUUCACGCCUA